AUGUUGAAAUUCGGCAGCAAGAACGACGUUACGGUGGUACAUCGUGCCACUAUUCGACUGCUUGAUGACGCUGAAAUUAUCCACUGUGACUUUCAGCCCCAGCACAAAGGAAGAUAUAUCCUUGAGUAUGUAUGCAAACAACUCAACAUCAUUGAGACUGAUUACUUUGGACUUCGUUACGUCGAUCAUUGCAGACAACGACAUUGGCUGGACCUAGCGAAAUCGGUAGUCAAGCAAGUUAAAGAUAUGGAGCCAAUCCUGUUCAGCUUCCGCGUGAAAUUCUACCCGCCAGAUCCCCUGAGGCUGAAGGAUGAGAUUACCAGAUAUCAAAUUUAUCAACAGCUCAAGAGGGACCUGCUGCAUGGACGACUCUACUGCAGUCCAGGGGAGGCAUCGCUGCUGGCAGCUUGCAUUCUCCACAACGAGCUUGGCGAGUACGAUCCGGAGAUCCACGUGGGUAAUUACAUUUCCGAGCACAAGCUUCUGCUCAAACAGACUGAGACCAUUGAAGAAAAAGCAAUGGAACUACAUCAGACACAACUCAAGGGUUUUACGGCUGAACAAGCAGAGAUACAUUUUCUCAGGCUAGCGUCUCAACUUGACACCUAUGCGGUUGAUCCCCAUCCUGUCAAGGAUCAUAAAGGAACUCAACUGUACUUAGGGAUAAAUCAUCACGGAAUCCUCACAUUUCAAGGAUCACGUCAGACGAAUCAUUUCCGCUGGUCUGAAGUACAGAAAAUAAAUUACGAAGGGAAAAUGUUUAUUGUCCAUUUGACCAUCACCGAGGUAAAAAUAAAAUAUAUAAUAAAUAAAACAUUUAUUGCGCCGACCUUGUGUUACUAUGCUACGGUUCACAAGGUUUUCUGUAAUAGUGAUAGCAAAAUAUCGAUAGCAAAAAUAGUCUGCCGGUACUUUCAGAAAAAGCAUACCGUUGGCUUCAAGUGUCCGACUGGAUCAAAUUGCCGGCAUGUAUGGAGAUGCGCCAUUGAACAGAUGUUGUUUUUCACGUUGCCCAGAGCCUCGGACGCACCAGUUGUAAGCGGCGGAUCUAUAUUCUCGUGGGGCACCAAGUUUAAGUACACCGGGAGAACGGAGAGGGAAGUGUUGGAAGAAACGGCUGCGGCAUCUGCGGGUUCCGGAGAGGCUUCAUCGCUGCGUGGUAAAGGCGACGGACCAGUUCAACGUUGUCAGAGUGCUGGACUCCGCAGAAAAGCAAGUAGUGUACCAGCUACUCCAAGCACUCCUAGUCAAGAUCUUAUUGAAAUUCGAUAUUCAAGUUUGCCAAGAAGCUGUCAUAGCGCGGGUUUAGACGGCGCUGGUAUGGCUGAGGCCGGAGCUAAUGCCUCGGGUGUUCCCCUUAGUUCUCCCUAUUGCCCUGACAAUACACUACCACUAUUGGAGACUGUAUCAGAGGACCAAGAAAUAUAUGCCAAGAGAAAUAACGCGGUAGACGAAAAUGAAUCGCAUGCGAGUGCCCACACCACCACAUCCAUCACAAAUCAAGUGAAAAAAAUGAAAUUUUCAAAUAAAAACACAUUUGGCCGUCCGCCGGCGUUGUACAGUCAAAAAAUAGUCAUAGGCUCUGAAGAACUUGUGGGAAAGAAUAUUGAUAAUGUGGUGAGACAAAAAAUAAAUUCGCUGGAGAAAAGCCCAAAAAUUAUAAGAUCUACGGCACUUAUUAUUAAAACCUCCAGAACGCCUAUAAAAGCGUCAUCAUCGCUAUCAACGUUAUCAUUCAAGAUAAAUCCAGGUAUCAAUAAUACCGGAAUAAAAACCUCAAAUACUUAUUCAAGAUUAAUUGGUACAACACCCAAGCAUAUGAAUGGAUUCAAUAGCUCAGAAUCUCGAAAUAGCUUAGAAGAUAUUAGAACUAUUGAGAGUCAGGUAAGCUCGUCGUCAUCCGUCACCAAGACUACACCGAAGAAUGACAAUCUAGAGACCACUAAUACUGUAGUAACCGCAAAUACCUCUUCAGCGACACAAAAGAAUACUGUUGUUAAUGGCAGUAUAAUUUCCGCGAGAAGUAGAAAUGGACCGAUGGCACUUGCCAUGGCAAUUGCUGCAGCGGCUGUAGCAGCCACUACAUCAAAUACUUCAACAUGCGGCGGUGGAAACACCAGUAAAGAUUUACCCUUGGACGUCAAAAGUAGACAUGAACCAGUAGGAGGACAAGUGGGCGAUGCCGAUACAAACGACUACUUCUUUCGAGACUCUUUUGAUCACUCGUCGUCAGAAAGUCAGUUGGUGGACGGGCUUGGAAAAACCCAAAGUAGAUCCGUUACACCAGUACCAAAAAUGCAAAAGUUACAAAACAGCAAACUUUGUUUGCAACCAGUUGGUUCAGCAACUAAAUCAAUUAUUGUUGGUGGUGGUAGCAGUAGAUCACGUGCGUUACGCAGUGUGCGAUGCAUACGUCUAUUUGUAUCGGCAUUUAUCCUUACAGUAACAAUGUUGUUUAUUGUUGUUGUUAUUGUUUUUGAAACUGACUCAGCAGUGUUUGAGAGCAUUCGCAAGACACCUGAAAUGAUUUCAUUCAAAAGUCACUACUACGUACCCAUCAGGGAGUUUCUUAGGACCAAACUCGGCCUAUUUUGA